GGAAUCAAUUAUUAGCAAGUGGACCUUAGUAUAGAAGAAUCACAUAACUAAUUACAAGGAGUAUAUAUUUCCAUAUAUAAUAUUGGUGUCAAUAUAGUCUCACUUCAAUCAAUAGAAAAAACCUCACAAAUAAAAGAAAGAAACACCUCUUCUUACCUCAAUUGAUCAUUCCUCAUUUUUCCUACUAAAUUAAACUUCCUCAAAAUCCAUGGAUUCCUCAAUCAUAUUGUUCUUCUCUUUAGCUCUCGUAAUUAUCCUAUACAUUUCCAUAAUCACGAGACUAAGUAGAGGUUGGUGCAGCUGCACCAUCUGCCAAUCCUACGUCGACUCGCGGUGGCGCAGCCGGUUCACGAACCUCUGCGACUGGUACACCCAUCUCCUCCAAUCCUCGCCGUCGCAAACCGUCCACAUCCACGUCAUCAACAACGUCAUCACCGCCAACCCCGUCAACGUCGAGUACAUCCUCCAAACCAGGUUCCACAACUUCCCCAAAGGGAAGCCCUUCUCCUCCCUCCUCGCCGAUUUCCUAGGCCGCGGCAUUUUCAACGCCGACGGCGACACGUGGCGCUUCCAGCGCAAGAUGGCCGGCCUCGAGCUCGCACGCGCCUCCCUGCGCGCGUACGCCCUCGAGGUCGUCGAUCGAGAGAUCCACCGCCGGCUGAUUCCAGUGAUGGAUUCGGUCUCUAGAGAGAGAGGGGUUUUGGAUUUGCAGGAUGUUUUCCGGAGAUUCUCCUUUGAUUGCAUUUGUCGAUUCUCCUUCGGGGUGGACCCCGCGUGCCUGGAGCUCUCGCUGCCGCUGUCGGACUUCGCGGCGUCGUUCGACGUUGCGUCGCGGCUGUCGGCCGAGCGGGCGAUGGCGGUGUCGCCGCUCGUGUGGAGGGCCAAGCGGUGGCUGGACGUUGGGAGCGAGAGGCAGCUGCGUCGCGCGGUCGCGGAUAUCGAUGCUCUGGCGAAGGAGGUGAUCCGGCAGCGGCGGAGGUUCGGAUUCUCCGGCCGGAGGGACCUUCUGUCGAGGUUCAUGGAGAGUGUGAGCGACGAGACGUAUCUGAGGGACAUAAUAGUCAACUUCCUACUGGCAGGGAGGGACACUGUGGGGUCCGCCCUGACCAGCUUUUUUUGGUUGGCAGCCCGCCACCCCGAGGUGGGGGCUGCUAUACUGGAGGAGGCGGAUAGGGUGAUAGGAGUGGGGAAUACGAAGAUCACGGGCUACGAGGAGAUGAGAGGGCUUCACUAUCUUCGUGCGGCCGUCCAUGAGAGCAUGAGAAUGUACCCACCAGUGCAAUUCGAUUCGAAAUUUUGCCUAGAAGACGACGUUUUGCCUAAUGGAAGCCCGGUGAAAAAGGGCACUAGGGUUACGUACCACCCUUACGCGAUGGGGCGUAUUGAGGAAAUUUGGGGGCCGGAUUGGGCGGAUUUCAAGCCAGAGAGAUGGUUGCGAGACAAGCUUUUUUGCCAAGAAAACCCUUAUAAGUAUCCGGUGUUUCAAGGCGGAGUUAGGGUUUGUCUAGGGAAAGAAAUGGCGCUGCUAGAGGUGGAAAGCGUUGCACUCACCUUGUUAAGAGAGUAUCGUGUCGAGCUAAUCGACUACUGCCCGGUCCCAGUGUUCUCGCCCGGCCUCACAGCCACCUAUCGUGACGGCUUGCCGGUCUUGGUGCAUCGCCGGUGAACCAUGCUAGUCCAUAGACCAUUUGUUAAAGUUAUCAUGUUCAUACGGUAGGGCUUUAUUCUAGUAAUGUAAUUAUGAAUGUCCUUAACAAUUACUACUAUUGAUCAUGUUGAUUAGUAUUGAUUGAUAAUCAUUUUAGGUCCCAUUUAAUUCAUAUCAAUGUACUACAUGUACUACAUACUUGUGGGAAGCCAUUACAUAGUGUAUGCACUAGUGGCUGUCUAGAUCUUGUAUUAUGAUGUCUAAUCGUCAUUUACUUUUCAUAAUGUUAUGGAUAUAUGACUAUAUGUA